AUGGUAUUAUAACGAAAAAUAAACACUAGUGGAGACGUUUACAUAUAUUUUUAUUUAACUAGAAUUGUAAUUAGAUGACUAAAGAGCCAUUCAGAAAGCAUACUGUUUUUUUCUUUUAUUGAUUGGAAAUGGAUUUCUUUCAAUGAAACAGCGACACUAUCGACGUGAAUGUAUAGAAAUAAAUCCUUAUUGCCAUCGAUUGUAAAAAUCCAUGAUUUUCCACUACAAAUUAAGAGGUUCUUCAUCAAAACUAUAUAUAUACUUGAGUUUAAAUAUUUACACUAGUUAUUACUAUUCUAUAACCGAAAAUUACAAAAGCUUUUCAGAAGCAUAACUGUUUCUAUUAAAAUACUCAUCAUAUAGCAAAUAUCAUGAAUAUUUUAGAUCACGUAAAUUUAGAUUAUCACUCGAUAUAAAUAUUAAAAUCAACGACAGCAUGAGUCUUGGCACAUCUUUAUUACCAAACAACAUUUUUACUUUGAAAAAUAAUGUAUUUUUUCAAACAAUAAUGGCCUUAGUCGAAGAAGGACUUUGCAAAAUUUUGAAAGUACAAUCGAUUAAUUCAGUAGAUAAUUUAAUGAUCACCACUGAUGUUUUUGAUGUUUUUAAACACGAUUCACAAGAAGUAAUCGAUAUUAAAAAUAGACAUUUUUUAAAUUUGCAAAAUGGACAAUUUCUUGUUAAAACAAGAAUAAAAAAUAGUCUGUUAUAUGUGUUAAAAUUAUUAAAAGUUAAGAAAGAAGAACAAGAGUCUUUGUUAACUAAUAAUCAUCAAGAACAGCUCGACAUCAAGUUCAUCAAUAACCAUCUACUAUUACUUUCAUUAGUUACGUGGUAUCAAUAUAUUGAUAAUAUAAAAAAUGAUAAUGAUCAUAAACACUCGUUUUGAAAAAUAUUUAUUCAUAAUAUAACAGAGGAUUUAUCAAAAUCAGACAACCAUUUUAGAUAUCAUGAUGUAGUUUAAAAAUUUGCGAUUUCUGUAUAUAUGUUGGGAGGCAAACAAGGUUAUGAAUUCAUCCGCAUAUAUUUAUAUGGUUCAUUACCUAGUUUAGUCUCAUUAAAUAAUACAAUUAGUAAUAGUAAUGCGAUAAUGGAAGAAGGAAAUUUUUAAUUUGAUGCAUUACAACAACAGUUACAUUCUUUAAAUACAAAAUUUUGUUUUUUAGCUGAAGAUUCCACCGAGGUCAUCAGAAAAAUAAAAUAUGAUGCUAGAACAAAUUCUUUCGUUGGAUUUGUUUCACCACUUGAUAAUGGUGUACCAAAGCCGCCAUCGUUUAAAACAAAUUCUUUUGAAGAAUUAAAAAUGUGGUGUGAUACACGAGAAAAAGCACCAUUAUUAAAUGUUCACAUAGUUCAGCCAAUACCUUCCAUAUCGGAUCAAAAUAAAAUUCCAACUUCGUUUAUAUUGUCUGCAUAUAGUGUUAAUAAUAAAUUGACAGAAAAUGAUGUUCUAUGUCGUUGGAAGUUUAUGUUUGAAAAUCAUUUUAAAAGACAAAUCAGAAUAAUUAGCUUUUCUACGGAUAAAUAUAAACAAUUUUAUAUUUCUUAUAUAUGA